AUGAUGUUCUUCGCCAUCCUUGUCACUCUUACGACCUUGCUCUUCACCCCCAUGGGUCAGCCUGUUGAUAAAAUUCCCCCUCGUGGUAUUGGAGCCAUCAAAAUCGUCAACACUUUGGAUUCCCCUCUUUACGCUUGGUCCGAUCCAGAUCCACAAGGCAGCAUGUAUACGAUUCCUGGACGUAGCGGUACCUACGAAGAGACGUACCGUCUAAGCCCCACAGGGGAUGCCAUCUCUAUCAAAGUGUCCAAGACGCCGGAUCGGAAAGUAAACGAUGCUAUACAGUUUAAAUACACCCUAUCCGGCGACAGGGUCCUCUGGGCCGUGUCUUGUGCGAACAUCCGCCCCGGCUCGCCGUUCACUAGGCGUGGGUUUUCGGUUCACCCUUCAUCUGCUGGUUGCCCGUCUAUAAACUGCGCUCCCGGUGAUGACAAAUGCCCUCAAGUUCAUCCUUGGUCGAACACAACUCAUAGGUGUGGCCUCACCACAUCUUUGACCUUAAAACUCUAA